AUGUUCAAACGGUCCUUCACUGCGUCGAAGGACAAGGCGGGCAAGGCGAGGAAGAUCUCGAAGCGUUCGUUUCGUGAUGACACGACCAAGCAGAGGUUGCGCGACGCGCUCAAGGACGCGACUCCCGACAGUUCGCCUUCUCUAGGCGGCUGUUCACCCAAGCUCAACAGCGCUAUCAUCACGAUAGCCGUGGGCAAGGACCAGCGUCUCUUCGCCGCGCACGAGGAUGUGCUGUCGCGCUCGCCUUGGUUCGCCGAGGCCUGCCGAGAGCAGUUCUUCGCCUCUCCUGGCCAGCGUCGCAUCACACUCCCCGAUGAGGAGCCAGAGGUCUUCUCCGCCGUCCUUGAGUACAUGUACAAAGGCGAUUACUACCCGCGUCUCCUGCACGACAGGAAGCGCAACACGUAUGCGCUAGAGGACGGUCAAGGCGACCUGACAAUGCAAUCCAUCUCCCCUCAACUCGACUCUGGAAAGAAAGCCGGCAGUCUCAACGAACUCGCUGUCGUCUACCACCAUGGCGUGGGUGACUAUGUCCUUCGCGAUACAGUCAUCUACUGCACUGCCCUGCGCUUCGGCCUGACAGACCUGCAACGCCUCACUCUUCGUAAGCAAGGCCUGCAGUCUGGCAUCGACGUGGCGACAAUCUUGCGCAGUGCACGCUUUGCUUACGCGAACACGCCGCCAAGCGACUCGCGACUCCGCGCACAUUACCUUGCUCUCAUCAUCCGCAGCCGCAAGACCUUCAAACGCAGUGGCACGAUGCAAAUGGAGAUGGAGAAAGGAGGACAGUUUUUCUUCGAUCUUUUCGUGGCGAUGGCCAAUCAUAUUGACGAUGUGGUUGAGAUUGCCAGCUUGACAGUCACCGCGCGACACACACGGACCAGAAUGCAAGAUUGA